AUGGAGCUGUGGCGGCAGUGUGCGAUGUGGCUGAUCGAGUGCCGGGUUCUUCCUGAGAGCCACCGAGUCACAUGGGGGGGAGCUCAGGUGUGUGACCUGGCUCAAGCUCUAAGAGAUGGUGUGCUGCUCUGCCAGCUGCUGAACAACCUGAUGCCCCAGGCUGUCAACCUGAAAGAGAUCAACCUGCGGCCACAGAUGUCCCAGUUCCUGUGCCUGAAGAACAUCCGAACGUUUUUGGGAGUUUGUCAAGAGAGGUUUCAUCUCAGGAAGAACGACCUGUUUGAGGCAUUCGAGCUGUUUGAUGUGCGGGACUUUGCAAAGGGACUGCUGGACAUGGGCACCUGCAACCGCCGCAACCCAGAAAGGAAGAAGCGGGCUGCACUCAGCCACCUGCAAGCGGUCUCAGCCACGCCCAUUUCCCCCACUCCGCCUUUUCCUUUGGAAGGAUCGGCUGCUGAUGAUGAGAUCUACAGCGGCCUGUCAGACCAGAUAGAUGACACGGUGGAUGAAGAUGAAGACUUGUACGAUUUUGUGGAGGACGAAGACAACGAAGGCGAUGAGAUCUAUGAAGACUUGAUGAGGACAGAUGAGCCGCCUGAAAUUAAAGUCGAAAUUGACAAGCGAGAAUGCUGCCUGCAGGAAAUUCGACAGACCGAAGAGAAAUACACAGAGACGCUGGAGUCCAUCUUACAGCACUUUCUAAGGCCUCUUGAAAAGUAUCUUCAGGCUCAGGACAUUGAAAGUAUCUUCAUCAACAUAAAGGAGCUGGCUAGCACACACCGCAGUUUGCUGGAUGAAAUUCGGAGCUCCUUCUUCCAUCACAGUUCCAAGAAUCUCUACCAGGUGUUUGUGAAGUACAAGGAGAGGCUCUUGCUGUACGGUCAUUACUGCAGUCAGGUGGAAGCGUCAACAAAACAUCUGGACAAGCUCUCCAUCAUGAGGGAGGACAUCAGGAUGAAACUGGAGGAGUGUUCGAAGAGAGCAAACAGUGGUCGUUUUACUCUCAGAGAUUUACUCAUGGUUCCCAUGCAGAGAGUCCUGAAGUACCCCCUGCUGCUACAGGAGCUGCUGAAGCACACCACUGACCCCACAGACAAGGACAACCUGAGAACAGCUCUCGAUGCCAUGAGGGACCUGGCGCAGUGUAUAAACGAAGUGAAACGAGACAAUGAGAUCAUUAAACAAAUCACCACUUUUCAGAUGUCCAUAGAAAACUUAACUCAGUCUUUGGCUCUCUUUGGUCGGCCCAAGAUUGACGGAGAGCUGAAGUUCUGCAGCUCAGAGAAAAAGUCCAAACAAGACAGGUACGCGUUCCUCUUCGAUAAAGCUGUAAUCAUUUGUAAAAGGAAGAGCGGAGAGACGUUUGAGCUUAAGGAGAUCAUUGAACUAAAUCAGUUCCAGAUCCUGGAUGAAUCCACUGGGGAGAAGGACAAUAAGAAGUGGUCCUAUGUGUUCCUCUUGUUGGACUGCUAUGGCAGGUUUGGCUACGAUUUGAUUUUCAAAACCAGAGAACUGAAGAAGAAAUGGCUGGAGCAGUUUGAGAUGGCUAUGUCAAACAUAUGCCCUGAUAACGCCACGACAAACAAUCACGACUUCCAGAUGCACUGCUUCGAAGAAACCACCUCCUGCAAGGCUUGUUCCAUGUUGUUAAGAGGGACGUUUUUCCAGGGCUAUCAGUGCACUCGGUGUAAAAUGGCAUCACAUAAAGAGUGUCUAGGCAGAGUGCCAGCAUGUGUACGAAGCUCAGAUCAUCCUGGCACUAUGAGUAAGACUAAAUCUCACAAGUCUCCUAAACAUGCUAGCAUUGGUUUUCCAAAGAUGCAGGUGGAUCAUGAGUAUUAUGGUUUGCCGCCGCCCCCCGUGGGCUUCGGCCAACCUCUUCAGCUUAUAAAAGGUGACAUCAUAGAGCUGACCCGGGCCGAUGUUGACCUGGCCUGGUGGGAGGGAAGAAACCUGACAAAAGGGCAGGUGGGAUGGUUCCCGUGCAAAAUGGUUCAGCCCUACGUCUCUGGCCCGGCCCCAGACCUGUCAGGCUUCCUCUGGUUUGCAGGAAACCUGGACCGCAACGCAGCCAAAAACCUGCUGAUGUCACGUUCUGAUGGGACCUUCCUGGUGCGGCAGAAAGAUGGAGGAGAGUUUGCAAUCAGCAUCAAGUUCAACAUGGACGUCAGACACAUUAGGAUCACCAGCACUGAAGGCCUGUAUCGCAUCAAUGAUAAGAAAGCUUUCAGGAGUUUGGUGGAGAUGAUUGAGUUUUACCAGAAGAACUCGCUAAAGGAGUACUUCAGGGACGUGAACACAACGCUGCUUACACCGUACAAACAACCGGAGCAAAGCUGCUCAUCUAACACAUCAAACAUCACACCGGGGGGCAGCAUAAGGAACCUCGGUGUAGCGAAGGCCAGAUACGACUACUCCGCCAGGGACCGCACGGAGCUCUCACUGCAGGAGGGGGACACCAUCAGGAUCCUCUCCAAGAAGGGUCACAGUGGCUGGUGGAGGGGGGAGGUUUAUGGACGGGUGGGGUUCUUUCCUGCCAACUACGUGGAAGAAGAUUUCUCAGAUUACUGUUGA